AUGAAAAAUGAAUUAUUUAGUAGCAAAAAUCCAAAAAUCUCUAAUAAAAUAUUUGAAGGACCUAUUAGAGCAGCAUUUUAAUCAAAUGCAGGAGAAAAAGAUCCUGAUCCCUUGGCUAUUUAAGAAGUUUAAAAGGCUGCUGUCCAUUUUUUAUAAAGAGUAUUGGAGAAAUCAAUAAAGAGAUCAAUUGAAAAAUAAGAAGACAAUUUAAAAUUGAAUAUAGAAGAUGUCAUGUAUUAAUUUAGAGUAAUAAUAUUUAACAUUUAUUAGAAUCAACCUAAAUUUUUAGAUUUAUGUGCUAGAAAAAUAAUCUAUAUUAGUAGAUUGCAUGAUAUGAGUAAAAAAAAAUCAUAUAUGAAUGAAAAUGCAUAAGAUAAAGAAGAAGGAUAAGAAGAAAGGGAAUAUGAAGAUGAUGCCAAAGAAAUUGCUUAAUAUGCAGGUCUUUUUAAUUGA